AUGGAGGAGGAGAACCAUGUGAUUUCUUCCGUAUUAUUUCCGGAUAUAUCUGUAUUCGAAGUCGAGUCUGAUGAGGAGGAAGAAGUAGCGGAAACGCUAUCGCCCUGGGCAUUGUCGAAGAUCGGUACGUUCCAAUAUAGACUCGAGGAACUCAUCAGAUACCGGGAGCAAAGAAGAGGAAAAAGCGUGUCAAUGUCGCAAAUUUCCACGUCGGUGAUACUUAGAUUAGCAAAUGAUGUGUUUGGAUUCAAUGGAUGGUCGUCCAACUUAUUGGAAUGUCUGACAGUUGAACAGGAUUUCGACGAGGAAAACUCCGAAUAUUCAAUGACACAUCGAGCCCAUGUCCUAGUUAAACUACAAGAUGGAAGCAUAUCAGCGGCUACUGGUGUUGGUAUAUCUCGCAGAAUGCCCCACAAAUAUUUGUGCUUGCAAUAUAGCAAGAAGAUGGCCGUAACUAAUGGGUUGCGAAAUGCCAUAUUGAACUUCACGAAUUUGAUCUUCCCAGAGACGGAAGUGAAAACGGAAGUAAAGCUGGAGCUUGGAGAUUGGGAGGGUCAAUAG